UGACAUACAGCUUUCAAGAUCAAGAGAUUAUGUCCGAGACUCCCUUAUUAUACUGCCGUUGUUGGGAUCCUUGGAAAGCAGGGAGUAAAAGGCUUAUAAAAACCAAAGCAGACCUGCUGAAUCAGAAGCUCAAAAAACCAUCAUUAGGAAUGAUCCUGAAAGACCAGUCCAAAGUCCAAUUAAAUCCUUCAGGUACUUCUAGAGUGAGAUUUUCCACCAAAACCUAUGUGCAACCAUUAAGAAGCAGAGAGCCUCAAGAUAUAUCCAAACUAUUUGAAGAAGAGAUCAUGCCUGGUUUUACUUUGUCUCGCAGUAAGGAAUGUAUUGAUAUCACACUGGGUGAAGAAUUCUUUGAGAAACAAAAACCUACAGAAGAACCCGUCAAAACCACUGUGCCCAGCACUCCACCUAAACUUGAAACGGAAGAUGUUGUUGCUGAUUUAGUGGAACAGAUUUCUGAGCUGACAGCUAUUAUAGAGCAAUUGCGCCGAGACCAUCAAGUGACACAUAAGCAGUUGGAGAACGAUAUGGAAGAAAAAUGCAGCGAGAUACAAGAGGAACAUGAUAAUAAAUUGAGGGAGAUUCAAGCAUUUCACAUAGCAGAAGUGAAUAACCUGGAAGACCAGUAUAAGAAAGAGUUGCGGAACGAGAGGGCCACUGCACAAGAAAAGCUGGCUGCAAUGCAGAAGGAAUACAAAUACCUGAAGAAUGCAUUUCGUAUGUACCAGGAUAGCAUUUCUGAUGAAAUGGAAGAAAAGUGGCUGAGGAGGCAGGCAGAGUGGAAAAAAAGCGAGAGGACUGAGCGGGAGAAGGCAUUAUUACAACAAAAGCAAUCUUUAACAAGGAGAUUUGAGCUAGAAUUAGAGGAGCAGAAGAAGAUUAUUCAGAAGAACAGUUUUUUGCUGGGCAGAGUUUAUGAACAAGAGAGAGAAGAAUUUCAGAAGAAGUACCAAAUGGCCUUGGAAAAUAUAGAAGAGUUAAAUGUCAAAAUCAAGACAUUGGAGAAUGAACUGAAGGAGAAGAACGAAACUCUUACUGCUAUUGCUUCAUCUCUUCACAGAACAGAGAGAGACCUUCAGAAGGAGAAAGCCAGCUUGGCAGACAUGGGAAAAACUAUCCAACAAAAAGUUGUAGAAGUUGAAGAGAAAUAUCGAAUUAAUGUAGCUUCUUUGACAGAAGAAAACAACAUUUUGAGGCGCAAGCUUAUUGAGAAGAAUGAAGAGAUAUUUAAUGAACGUGCCCAAAAAAGUAGCAUUUUGGGGAUGUUUGAUUAGGACUGUAAAUGAAAAAUUGGCUUAUGGGAGACUGGUGUGAAGCUGUUU